AUGUCACAUAGGGUGAAGUGUGCAUUUGGUAAAAAAAGAUGCGGCAGUUUGAGGAGGACAAAGACUGUUCACCAUAAAGACAAAGUUGUUCAAGGAAGGGUUGAUGGCGUCAGGAUCGAGUUUCAAAGGCAUUCCAUGAUGUUGAGAAGUGGAAGAAGAUUGGCAAAUGCUGUAGACUUUGAAGAUGAAAAUGAUGAUGCUUCUGAUAGGGUUAAAGAAACUGGGAAUGAGGCUGCUCCUGAUUGGCCUACAGAUGUUGAAUUGGAUUAUGAAGAUUCUGAGUGCAAAGAUUAUGCCAAGUAUAAUUUUGACGAGGAAGUUGAUAAGAAUUGGCUAGAGUUCAAUGCUGCAACUGACAUGGCAGAUCCAAAGUUUGAGAUUGGGAUGUUGUUUAGUGAUUGUAAGGUGUUUAUGGCAGCUGCCAAAGACUACUCCAUCUUGCAGAAUAGGGAUGUAGUGUUUAUUAGGAACGAGGCUUUGAAGCUGAAGGCAGUUUGUGGGGACCCAGAUUAUGGGUGGAUGAUGUAUGCUUCAAAAAUGCAACAUGAGAACACAUUGCAAAUGAAGACAUAUGUAGGUGAGUACACAUGUACACAGCUAUGGGAGAACCCUACUGUGAAGUCAACAUGGAUAAGCAAGAAAUAUGUUCACACUUUGAAGUCCAAUCCCCAGUGGCCAGUCAGGUCAUUCAAGCAAACUGUUGAGAAUGAUUAUAAUAUAGGGGUGUCAAGACAACAAGUGUAUAGGGCAAAAGAUAAGGCACUAAAGCUGAUUGAGGGCAGUUUCAAUGAACAAUAUUCAAGAAUUUGGAAUUACUGUGAGGAAUUAAGGAAGAGUAACUUAGGAACCACAGCAAUGGUUAAGUGUGAUUUCCAACAACAGUUGGGGCAACCAAAGUUUCAAAGGUUGUAUGAUUGUUUAGGAGCAGCUAAGGAAGGCUUCAAAGUUGGGUGCAGGCAUAUUAUAGGUUUAGAUGGGUGUUUUUUGAAGAGUGUUUAUGCAGGGCAACUAUUAACUGCUGUGGGUAUAGACGCCAACAAUGAAACCUGGGUAAUUGCUUAUGCAGUUGUGAAAUCAAAAUGCAAGGAAUCUUGGAUUUGGUUUCUGGAGCUAUUGGUUAAGGAUUGUCUGAUUGUUAAUCAAUUUGGCUUCACCUUUAUAUCCGACAAACAAAAAGGUUUACUACCUGCUUUUGAGCAAGUGGUCCCUAAUUGUGACCACAAGUUCUGUGCAAGACACCCGUUUUCCAACUAUAGGGUGUUUUUCAAAGCAAAAAGCGUCAGAGACAAGUUUUGGGAAGCAUUAUAUGCAACCACUGUCCCCUUACUUUACAAGGGCCAUGGAAGACCUGAAAAAACUGUCAAAUGA